AUGGAGCCCCAUGUGUCCAUCGCCCACGAAUCUGGCAAGUCCUCCUUGUCCGUGGAGGCUUCCACUUUGCCAGCAACGUAUGCUCCAUUCUUAGAUCUUCUCUCAAAAGCAGAAUUCAUCGUACGCCGCCCACAUCUACCGACCACCGGCGAUGUGAGGCCUCCCAACGCAACAUCCGAGGACGAUGUCACGACUGUACGCGCUGUGGCCUUCGACCUAGCUAGCGCCGGCCAUCCAAUCAUAGUCCUUGCGCAUUCUUAUAGCGGACUCGUUGCUUCCGAAGCUGUCACGGAAGAACUAUAUGCGAAGCAUGGAAACGCAGGCGUCGUCAGACUCAUCAUAUUUGAGUGCUUGGAUGAUUCAGUCAAAGUCUGCCUUACCCCAGUCGUUCGAGAAAAACGGAUACCAAUCUAA